AUGAUAGACUUCGCCAUCACGACUAUAGCCAAAGCUACCACACAGAACACUGCCUACGAUUUCAACUCCAUCAUGCACUACGGUCCUUACGCCUUCGCCAUUGAUCACACCAAACCCGUGAUAACCCCCAAGGCUGGGAAAGCUCCGCCUAACGCCAGACUGGGGCAGCGAGUCAACCUGUCACCCACCGAUGUGCUGGAGAUACAGCGACUGUACGGGUGUCAUGAAGGUAAGCUAAGAUGA